AUGCCAACAUGGCAAAUGCAAGAAGAAAGCGACUUGUUGUAUUGUUGCACAGGAGAAAUGUAUGGGGGAGUUAAGACAGAAUAUAAGAAAUGACAAUACAAUAUGUCUAUGUCAGAUUUGUUACAAUAUGAAUUACUCAGAGCAAGCAGAAGCCUUGGUGAGUUCUGAAGGAAUCGUGGUAAUCUUGCAAGUGAUUCAGCAAAGUCUGAAAUAUAUAAAUGAAUUUGGACCUCCAUCCGAUCAGAGAGAUACUUUCAUUGCCUCUAUUAGAGAACAAAUGGAGCACUUUGCUGAGAAUCUCUGGAGGAGCCAAGAUGGUAGCUUGGUCAGUCAACCCCAAAGCUUAGAGAACGAAGUGAGAAAAAUAUAUCAUCAGAUGCAAACCUCUCAAGUACUAAAAGACUUUGUGAUGAGAAGAUUCUGUGCAAGCCAACUCAGGAUUGCAAAUGGAGAGGAACUACAAAUGGAUCCUGUAGAUCUCAAGGAUAAGCUAACUGCAGAGUUUGAGGAAAAGAUUGGCACCUGUAAAGACCAGUUCAAAGAACUAAUCCAAAAAAUGAGAGAGAAAAAGGAUCAAGAGAUAGAAAGACUAAAUACAGAGCAUGACCAAGAAACCCAAGCUGUCGAAGAGAGAUGGAGACUCAACCUUGAGGAAGUCUCAAAACAGAAAGAAGAAUUAGAGCUAGCCAAUCAGAGACAUAUAGAAGAACUCCAAGAGAAGGACCUAGAAUAUGCUGAGAUGCAAGAAAGAUUAACCCAGGAAAAGGCUCAGGUGGUCAUCAAUAAUGCUGAUUUGAACUCUAAAAUAGGAGAUUUGGAAGCAAAGCUAGAAGAAAGUUCAGCCCAGCUUGCUAAACUUGAAACUGAGAAUAUCGAUCUCAAAACUACCUGAGAUAAACUUAAGGAGGAUUCCUUUAAGCUCUUAACUGAAGGAAAAUGAUUGGUUGAUAACAAAAACAAUAUUAUUUUGGAUUUAUCAGACCAAAUGCAGGUUGACUUUUUGCAUCAAAAUUCAGACAAGAGAUUACCUGACUGAAAUGAGCUAAAAGUGGAUUCCUUACCUGAAAGAGAGCCUGAAAUAUUUUAGUAUUAUGACAGACAUGUUUCCUUCCAAAGUUAGAAGGCUUGAUUUAAACUGUAAAAACAGUGCAAACUUACAGUUAGAGGAAUUUAUUGAUAAAAUUACAUGUUUGAGUUAUAAGAUAUCUGAAGCAUUAUUCCUGUAUAACUUUAAUGUAAAGGCUGAAGAUAUGAACACAAUUUUUGAGAGCUUUAAAGAAAAGAAAUGAAUUGCAUUUUGUAAUUGAGUGAUAGAUAUAAAAGAUAUACCUGAUUUUGAGGAUUCUUUAAAAGGAACAAAGAUUAAGACUUUGAAUUUUGCAAAAAGUGGACAGAAAGCAAAAAGUAAUUGGAGCGAGCAUCCAGAAAGAUUAGAGAAUUUGAUUAAAGGUUUGGCGAACUGUGAAGAUUUAAAAACAUCACUGGAAAUUAUUUAUCUUACCAAAUGCGGGCUCUCUGAAACAAAGGUGAAAGAAAUUCAAGAUCAAAAUGGGUUAGGUAACCUUGUUCUAAAACUCUCACUCUAAACUCUUGGUUGC